GGAGAGGAGGGAGUGACCAGGGUGAGACUGGUCCUUGAUGAUGCUGCUGGCCUUGCCGAGGCAGCGUGAGGUGCAGAUGGAGUCAGUGGAAGGGAGGUUGGUUUGCGUGAUGGUCUGGGCUGCGUCCGGGAUUCUCUGCGAUUUCCUGCGAUCUUGGCUGGAGCUGUUCCCAAACCGUGCCGUGAUGCGUCUCGAUAAAAUGCUUUCCGCAGCGCAUGUGUGGAAGUUGCUGAGAGUCUGCAAGCGCAGUUAGCGGAUAAGUUGGGCGUAGAUUUGUCAACAGAUGUGGAGAUACUCAAAAAGCUGGAGUAAUUGGCGAGUUCAGACUGAAGAAGACUCUUCACCCAACAACAUCAUAGAAACAUAGAAAUUAAGUGCAGGAGUAGGCCAUUCGGCCCUUCGAGCCUGCACCGCCAUUCAAUAUGAUCAUGGCUGAUCAUCCAACUCAGUAUCCCGUACCUGCCUUCUCUCCAUACCCCCUGAUCCCCUUAGCCACAAGGGCCAAUCACCUACUUUUCUCCAGAGAUGUUGCCUGACCCACUGAGUUACUCCAACUUUUUGUGUCUUAUCUUCAGCGUUAAAACCAUCAUCUGCAGUUCCUUAGUUCUCAGUGCCCAAAUAUGGUUGGUUAGACUGCAAAGGAACACAUGGAGGUUGCUACUCUUAAUGUCAAGCAUCAUGAGUAAUAAAGAAAUCAAGUACUAGAGGUCAUAGGAUUAAGAUGAGAGGGGAUUUUUUUUAAUGUAGGUAUCUGAGGGGCAACAUUUUCACACAGAGGGUGGCGGGUUUAUGGAACGAGCAGCCAGCAGACUGAAGAAGGGUCUCGACCCAAAACGUCACCUAUUCCUUUUCUCCAGAGAUGCUGCCUGACCCGCUGAGUUACUCCAGCUUUUUGUGUCUAUCUUCAAUGUAAAUAGCAGUUGACACCAAAGAAGGAGGGUCUGAAGAAGGGUCUCGACCCAAAACGUUGCCUGUUCCUUUUCUCCAGAGAUGCUGCCUGACCCGCUGAGUUACUCCAGCACUUUGUGUCUACCUUCGAUUUAAACCAGCAUCUGCAGUUCUUUCUUACACAAGAGUUCCUUCCUACAUCUCUGUCACGUUACUUCCCACCUUGUAUUUGACGAUCGAUGGCCCAACUGGCCUUCUAGUCUGGGGCGUGUGUGCGCAUGGCCCAUGGAACUGUUGACCGCGUUCUUUAAGGAGCAGAGUCAGGACACUGUCACACCUCCCUGGGCUAUGCUCAAAACCUGUGCAGGAUCUCAGAGCUUGUUAGUUGAGAGCCUUCUUCAGUCUGCCUGAUCUGGCAGCUCGUUCCAUAGACCCACCAUGUAUUCAAGAGAGAGUUAGACAAUAGACAAUAGGUGCAGGAGUAGGCCAUUUGGCCCUUCUAGCCAGCACCACCAUUCAAUGUGAUCAUGACUGAUCAUCCCCAAUCAGUACCCCGUUCCUGCCUUCUCCCCAUAUCCCCUGACUCUGCUAUUUUUAAGAGCCCUAUCUAGCUCUCUCUUGAAAGCAUCCAGAGAACCUGCCUCCACCGCCCUCUGAGGUAGAGAAUUCCACAGACUCACCGCUCUCUGUGAGAAAAAGUGUUUCCUCGUCUCCGUUCUAAAUGGCUUACUCAUUAUUCUUAAACUGUGUGGCCCCUGGUUCUGGACUCCCCCAACAUGUUUCCUGCCUCUAGUGUGUCCAAGCCCUUAACAAUCUUAUAUGUUUCAAUGCGAUCCCCUCUCAUCCUUCUAAACUCCAGAGUGUACAAGUUAGGUUUAGCUCUUAGGGCUAACGGGAUCAAAGGAUAUGGGGAGAAAGCAGGAACGGGGUACUGGUUUUGGAUGAUCAGCCAUGAUCAUAUUGAAUGGGCAGUACUGGCUCGAAGGGCCGAAUGGCCUACUCCUGCACCUAUUUUCUAAGAUGAUCUCCAGAGGCCCUCUGCUGGCCUUUAUCCCAAUCAGACGUCUGCAACAGGCCUUGCUAAUCAUGCUCUGCUCUUUCGACUCUUGCUUGGGGCAGAUCCAUACGCUCUGAUCCUGCUUCCAAAUUUCCUUCUCAAAACCUUCCCUCCCUGGCCCAGCCUUGGCUGUGCUUCCACUGCAUGGCUGGGGUAUCACAUUCUGCUAGCUAAUUGUUGUUGCAAAGCAGUUUGCAACGCCAGAGACUUGGCGCAAACACAAGUUAUUGUCGAACGCCAGAGGAAUCUCGAUAUGUUGCUUUAGGAUUCGGCCCCGAAAACCAAACCUGAUAAUUGCAGAGGGGAACUUAGCAACUCACAGACUCCAUUAAAAGAAAAAAAAAAUGAUGUUCUAAAGAGGAAAACCACAGCAUUUACAUGAUGUAAGCCUUUGCUGCCUGCACCAUUUCCUGUUAGGGGCUGAGUUCCAUUCAGUAGAUUUCACAGACAACAGAUUUAUCUGUGGGAACCGGUUGAACUGUGACAGCGCUACUGUCGUCGUGGUGUGAGGACCUCGGGCGUCUCCUGCUCCUUCGCCACCAGAAGAGCCGGCAGAACGACACCCCCGGGAAACUGCCCAUGCAGCCCCCCAUGAACCCCAUGAAGCCCACGCUGCCCCCUGGGCCCCACAGUGAUGGAUCUUUCACCUACGACCCUGUCCCUUGGCAACAGAACACAAGCCAACCUCCAGGAUCCCUGUCUGUGGUGACGACAGUGUGGGGAGUCACCAAUACCUCACAGAGCCAGCAGGUGCUGGGAAACCCGAUGGCCAAUGCCAGCAACCCCAUGACCCCAGGAGGGAACCCGAUGGGGUCUGGGAUGUCGGGAAACAACCCCGGCAUUAACUCCCCGCAGUUUGCCAAUCAGCAGCAGCAGUUCUCGGCGGCCAAAGGCGGUUCUAACCAGGCCUACAUACAGCAGGGCAUGUAUGGCCGGCCCACCUACGCUAGCAGUGGAAACUACGGCAACAGUUACCCCGUAAACCCCAACGCUCCCGGCUCCAUGGGCAUCCCGCCGCACAGCAGGCCGCCCACCGACUUCACGCAACCCGCCGCUGCCGCUGCUGCGGCUGCAGUCGCCGCCGCCGCUGCCACUGCCACGGCCACGGCCACCGCAACGGUGGCUGCUCUGCAGGAGAAGCAGAACCAGGAGAUGAACCAGUACGGGCCGAUGGGUCCAGCACAAGCCUACAGCAGCCAGUUCAUGAACCAGCAGGGCUCUCGUGGACCGUCCACCAUACAGGGCAGCAUCAACCCGGGAGCGAUGGGCUCAGGGAUGACCCCCAGCAGCAUGAGCGGACCCCCCAUGCCCAUCAGCCAGCCCCGGCCCCCAGGCAUGAACCCUGUCUUUGCCUCGCACGGCCAGAGGGUGGCACAGCAAGGGUACGCUGCCCCCAGACCAACGCAGCAGAUGCCCAUGCAAGGGGUGAAGAGGCCAUACCCAGGCGAGCCAACUUAUGGAGCCCAGCAGUACGGGCCCAGCAGCCAGUUCCCCAGUCAGGCUGGGCAGUACCCUGCUGCCAACUCACAGAGGCCCAUCACAUCACCCACCUACCAUGGACAGAGGAUGCCAGGCCAGCAAAGCACAGGCCAAUAUCCGCCUCAGCCUGUCAACAUGCCUCAGUAUUACAAGGCAGAACAGUUCAACGGGCAGAACAGCAGCUUUGCUGGAAGUGGAUAUACCUACAGUCAAAGUAGCCUGAAUGGGUGUCCUCUCUGUCUCUCCAUCACAAAUGCUGGGAGUGGAAAAGAAACCAAACCCCCGAGGUCUGUGGCGAGUUACCCACAUUCUCCGGUACCGGGAAACCCCACUCCACCUAUGACUCCAGGAAGCAGUAUCCCGCCGUACCUGUCUCCAAACCAGGACGUUAAGCCUCCAUUCCCACCCGACAUAAAACCCAACCUGAGCUCCUUGCCGCCACCGCCUCUUCCAAAUACUAAAGGGAAAGUUGACACUUUCUCUCCCUCUUUGGUCGCAGCUGCCGACGAGCUGCGACUGACCUUCCCAGUGAGGGACGGAGUGGUGUUGGAGCCUUUCCGACUGGAACACAACCUAGCGGUCAGCAACCAUGUCUUCCACCUGCGCCAGUCUGUGCACCAGACCCUGAUGUGGAGGUCUGACCUGGAGCUUCAGUUCAAGUGCUACCACCAUGAGGACAGGCAGAUGAACACCAACUGGCCAGCGUCCGUGCAGGUCAGUGUGAACGCCACGCCCCUCACCAUCGAACGAGGGGACAACAAGACGUCGCACAAGCCCCUGCAUCUAAAGCACGUCUGCCAACCAGGGAGGAACACCAUCCAGAUCACCGUCACCGCCUGUUGCUGUUCGCACCUGUUUGUACUUCAGUUGGUCCACAGACCAUCCGUCCGAUCCGUCCUCCAAGGCUUGUUGAAGAAGAGGCUGCUACCCGCCGAACAUUGCAUCACGAAAAUAAAGAGGAACUUCAGCAGCGUGGCAGCAUCCUCUGGUGGGGCCACAUUGAAUGGGGAGGAUGGAGUGGAGCAGACGGCCAUCAAGGUGUCUCUGAAGUGUCCCAUCACCUUCAGGAGAAUUCAACUUCCAGCAAGAGGCCAUGAUUGUAAACAUGUACAGUGCUUUGAUUUGGAAUCAUACCUACAGCUGAACUGUGAGAGAGGAACCUGGCGAUGUCCUGUAUGCAAUAAAACAGCACUCCUGGAAGGUCUUGAAGUGGAUCAAUAUAUGUGGAGCAUCCUUUCCAAUAUCCAAAACUCUGAAUUUGAAGAGGUCACCAUUGACCCAACGUGCAGCUGGAGGCCAGUUCCACUCAAGUCCGACAUUCACAUCAAGGAUGACCCCGAUGGUCCUCUGUCCAAGAGGUUUAAGACAAUGAGCCCCAGCCAGAUGAUAAUGCCCAAUGUGAUAGAGAUGAUCGUGGCCCUUGGACCGGGUCCGUCGCCCUACCCAUCCCUACCUCCGCCACCAGGAGGCAACAGCGGCAAUGAGUACGGCAAUCCGGGUAACACUUACCCCAGCCACGGGAACUUUGAUUUCCCACACGGCAACCCUACUGGUGCUUCAAUGAACGACUUCAUGCACGGGCCUCAGUUAUCACACCCACCAGACAUGCCCAACAGCCUUAUGACUCCUGACAAGCCACUCAGCCACUCCAUGCCUGACCAGCUUAUUCCAGAAUUCACAAAUCCAGAUGAGCUGCUGUCCUAUCUCGGCCCUCCCGACCUGCCCAGCAACAGCAACGAUGACCUUCUCUCUCUCUUUGAGACCAACUGAGAGCCCGUACCUUCGUCCAUCCAUCCGUCCUUGCCACGUGAGGCGCUCGAGAAGUCAGACACCCUUUUCUGCAAGAGUUCGCACACUAGAUGAAACGGUGCACUACAGGCUUCUAUUCCUUCCGGAAUGAUCUUCAUACACACUUCCAAAGACUGCGAGCAGUGUGGGGUGAGGGGGGCGGGAAGGAAACUUCUCGGGACCGCACAGCAGCUUCACCGUUCUUCAUCAUCAUUUUAAAAAAAACCUCGUAUCAAACCAGUCUUGAGAGCAAGUAGGAAGAAUCCCCAUCGCCCGGUGCUAAAUUUGAGAAAGCACCAUGAGGAAGAAUUCACCUUGUAGGCCAGUCCCCAUUAUGUUCUCCACCUCCAACACACCCCACCCUUAUCUCCUCAUCCCAUCUCUCACCCAGCUAACUCUUCCACACAGCGGGACCCAUGAGAGGAGCAGAUGAACUAAGGAGUAACAGGCAUCAAGUAUUCAGGUCUGAAUGCAACCUCAAAGCACAAUACCACUGACCUGGAUAUCAAAUUGGGAAAACAGUGACUUCCCCAGCCGACAAGUCUUCUGAUUUUACCUGUACAGAGUUUCCCCUCCCCUCCCCCCCUUUCCUUUCUUUUUCCUUGUUCGGCAAUGUAAGGGACAGCUGACAGCCUGCAAGUUGCAAUGCUGUCCUGAAGUGACUCGCUGAUACAUUCUGCCAAGCCAGCAUUCUGUCCUUCCGAAGAGGAUGGAGUGGGGGGGGGGGCAGAUCUCGGUCUUCUACAGAUGGCCUGCGGCAGCAACGACAAGCCCCUGGACGAACUCUAGUGAGAAACAAGCUGGUUGAUCCAGACCAGGUCCAUUGGCAGACUGUUGGCCGUCUGUGCCUGAAGGCAUCGGAGGCAUUUUCCUGGUUUGUGCUUUCCCUUAAAACACGAGGUCCUCUUCUUGCCAGCUGGGGAUUUGAACCCAGAUAGAAAUCGUGUCGUGGCGAGGAAUCACCUCCUGCCUCGCGCCACUGAACGCUGCCCACUUUUGCCGUUGCAAGCCACCACGUUAUGUGCAUGAACUCCCCCGGGGCCUCGUUCUGGCCCGGCGUACCUUUCUCAAAAACAGUGUUGUACAGUAAUUGUCUGACAAGAAGGGGGAAAAAAAUCUGCAUGUAUGCGCCACAACAUGCAUGCAGUCCAUCCGCAGUCUGUCCACCAAUGCAGCAGCCCGCUCCCGCAAAUUACAUGCAUUUAGAACCCGCGACACUAUAACUGCUGCAAUGUUGCCAGUGUCUGGGGAAUUUGUUGCAUUUCCAGAUAGUUGUUAUGUUUUGUUUUUUAAAUUCAUUUUUUUAUUCUUAUCGAGCUGAUUUGUUUUUGUCUUCAACUUCAAGUUUGCUGCCGGAAGCUUGGACUUUCAUCACCAAAGUCACAUUUUGUUGUAUUGAUUUUUUUUUUUUUUUGUACUCACCGCACGUCUUGCUCCUCCUCGAAGAAGAGGCAUCCUGAUCCAUUCGUUACCUGCUUAGUAAUGUGUGCUAGUUAUAAGUACUCUCCUGUAGAUAUUAAAAUGAAUGACUAUUUGCCUUUGCUAGUUGCAGUUUCGAAUCUGUAAUCUUCACUUAGAGAGUUGCCAUCUGAGGUUUUCCCCCCUUUCUCAUGCAAAAGACAAUAUUCAAUGUUUUAAACUGGUUACUUUAAAACGCGAUUGUAAAUACCUUUGUGAAUAUUUUAGACUCGUCUUUGAUAAUAUUCAACAUUUUCCCGUGACCAGGAAUACUUGUCUUUUCCUGUGAUCUUUAAAUUGUGGUCCUGUUUUCAAAGAACAUUCUUCCCCAGUGAAACAUUAUCCCUGCAAACAUGCGAGAAAAAUGUACAACCCCUUUCGUGCCCUCCUACUUAUUAAGCCUGUUCAAUGUAAGUAGAGGAAGGAAGACAUCACUAGUACAAUCUAGCUGGCUUCUGUUAAACGAGUGACGUGUUUCAUUUGCUGGGAUUAUUAGCGGUUUUUAUUAUGUUUACUUUUUUGCGUUCUUUUCAACUGGAAGAAUGAUUGCUAAAUGCCAUCUCCUGUUGGCCUACUUAUUAAAUGUGGAAAGCGUAUGACAGACUGUGUAACUUAAAGGUACUUUGCAGGAAUUCAUACUGCUAAACGUGUCGAUGGGCAAGGUGUACUGACAGAGGGAGGGAAGUGAAAAUGAUUUUAAACAUAUGACGGUCAUGUAAUUGGGUUUUGAAUCGGACGUGAAGAUUCUUGGCAGAUUGGAGUAGAAUUGUUGAUAAAUAUCCCAUCUUUAUACCAUGAGACAUCAUUGUGAGUGCCCAGAUUAUAAAUCUACAUCAGCCCUAGAUGGUUACAUGUGGAACUGUAUCAACAUCUAGCGACGAGUGUAAAUGCUUGAGAUACCUGUUUCCCCUUGUGAUGGGCUUGAGUUGGCAUGGCAGGAAGAAAACAUUCCCUGCCCAUUUCCUUUUGUCCUGGCUUCUGUGUGUGUGUAUGUGUGUGUGUGACUGUGUGUGUGUGACUGUGUGUGUGUGCGUGCGUGUGUGCGUGUGUGACUGUGUGUGUGUGUGUGUGUGUGUGUGUGUGUGUGUGUGUGUGUGUGUGUGUGUGUGUGUGUGGACAUGAUGCAACUACUUUCUGCAUUUCCCAUUUCAAUCCCCCCCCCCCCCCCCCCCCCUCCCCAUUUUAAGAGCAGCCAGUCUCUCGGUCUGGUAGGGUACUGGUAGGAACCUGGUUAUUUGAAACGGCUGCAACAAACCAUCCAGGAUGAGUUAAAGAGUUUCCAGUGACAGGCAAUGCACUGCCAAUGAUUUUUUUUUUUUUUCCUGAAAAAAAAAUUCUAACAUGUUGUAAUGUUAUUUUAAAACAAAAAAAAAAAAAAAAAAAAAACCGGCUGGUGACUGAGCACAGGCAUGUUUGGUGUUGAUUAUUUUUUAUUAAAAGCUGUUCCACGUGCGUGAUCUCCAUGGUUCUACAACUCUCACUGUUGGCGAUCUUCGGGGCCCUGCUUGGACUUCGGCAAGGACAUACAGCGACGGAGAGCAUAAUUCAUAGCCGGGUCUGAGGGAACAUGUGUACAUAUGUAAAUGAUAAAGGGAGAUGUGUUCAAUGUAAAGAGAAGUACAUUCGCUUUCCUGAAAUGUGCAUUGUUGCAACCACCUUGCAAUCCAUCCGAAGUGACUGUGUGGGAAAAGAAUACUGUUUGUUAUCUUACGUGAAGACUUUGUGUUCAUUCAGCUCUGUAACAUACUCUGACCCUUCAGAUGAAACCUUUGUUUUACCUACGUGUAAUAUCUAGCUUCAGUGUAUUAUCUAGUAGAUCACCUGCAUAUUUUUAAGGUGCUACAAAAUUAAUGAAGAAAAAAUGAGGGGGGGUUAAAAUAAAAAAAACACGAUUGUAACCAAAUUCAUAGUUUGUACAAUUUUUGAUAUGGUGAUCAUUCAACAGUUCAAAAAAGGUACAACCUCCCGUCACUUGCAAAAAUGGCCAUUUUUUUCCCUGUUUGUACAUUGUUUGUACAAUCCAAUCAUUUCAUAUUUCAAACCUGAUCAGAAAACUAAUUGUGAUUUUUAGUCUUGCAAACUGUAUGUAGCUAGAUAAUGUGACAACCUAAUAUUUAUCUAAUAAAUAUGUAUUCAGAUGAAA